CUCCGAAUAAGUAACAUUAGCAACGACGUUCUAGAGAAAGCAAAAUAUUGUUAUUUGGACUCAAAUAAUCAGCUCCUGAUACAGGAUAUUACGCAGAACCUAACUGAUGCUUGCAUCGUACUUUUGCAUUCCCUGAAAGUGAGGAAUCUUAAUUACAUGGAAAUUUCCUCUGAACCAACGAUUGACUUGUGGAACAAUGAAAUUAAGGUGUCAAUUACACUUUCUAUACCAAAACUUGAGCUGACCGGUCAACAUGAGACACGUAUUGUACGCAUCCCUCAGACUGGUCGUUUCACAGUAACUUCCGAUCCAAAUGUUCUUCUUCUGCAGAUGAAAUUGAAGAAGACUCCCACAAAAUGUUUAGAAUUCACGCAAAUCGAAGUCACGGAGAAGUUCUCUGUAGGCAUCACAUUAGAUGGAUUUGGAAUGCUGAACCAACACAUUGCGGAAUCCAUCUCAAAGCAAUUUAAUUUCGAUGAGUUACUCAAAUUUUUGGUAAAUUUUCGAGAGAUUAGUCAGCUAUUUUUGGACAAAAUUGACUGUAAAAGGUUAGGAUUGGGUGUUUGAAUCGUAUAAUAUUCUUUUGAAGGCCCGAGACUAGUCCGAAGAAUUUAUAUUUCUAAUGAAUAUUAUACAACCACGAUGAAAUGAAUUGUAAUUAAAUCAAAUAAUUACUACGUAAAUUUUUUUUUUCUUGAAAACAAUGUAACGCCCGAAGGGCGGAGUAGGAGGGAAAUAAUCCAUAAAUCCCAGUAGUUAUAUUCACGUUUAUUCGAUACGUGUUCACCGGAAAGUCACCGGUUGAUCGUAUAAAAAAAAUAAAUAAAUGAAAACGUA